CUUAAUUUACUAAAUUAAAAAGAUUUUAGACCUGAAAGAGAAGACCGACAGUCACCGCCAGACUUAACCUUGCGCAUUUUGAAACAGAGAAAACCCUCCAAAAACCCUAACAAUGGCAAAAUCAGUAGAAAUCCAGAGACUCCCACAAUUCAAAUACGUAGACUCAAUCCGAUGGCUCCCAUCACUCUCUCCAUUCCAAAGAUCCAUAAUCAUCGCUUUCUUCGAUUCUGACACCGACGCUCCCUCUCUCGAAACCCACUCUUUAUCAUCCACAUCCUCGGAAACCCUAACUUUAACUCCACUCUCCUCAUGGACCCCGCCUUCUCGAAUCUCCUCCCUCAAAUCAACCUCAUCCCUCAUUGCUGCCGCCACAUUCUCCGGUUCCCUCCACAUCUUCCCCACCGCACAGGAAUCCACGUUGGAACCUCCGAGAAUGUCGGAGCUACUGGGCGGCAGGGAGUUUCAUGUGGGGCCUAUUAGGGGAGUGGAUGUGAUGGAGGGAGGAGGGAGUGAAGUUGUGAGCGUUGGGGAAGAUGGGAGAGUUAAUUUGGUUAGGGUUUUAGGUGAAGGCAAAACAGGAAUUAAUAAUUGUCAAAGGGUUUUUGAUGGGAAUGGGUUGGUUUCUUAUAGUGCUGUUAAAUGGGCUUCUAAUACUGAAUUUGUGACUGGUGGGUGUGGGUUUGGUCUUCAAUGGUGGGAUUUGAGACGCCCUAAUUCUGCUGUUGCUCAAUUUAAGGGUAUUUGGGAUCAAGGAAUGUCUUCUGGGAUCAUACAUUCCAUUGAUAUUCAUCAAUCAAGAAAGUACACGUGUUUAGCAGGAGGUUCAUCAGGUACUGUAUUUGCCUGGGAUCUGCGCUGGAAAGACCAACCAAUUGUUCUUUCUGGGGUCGAGUUAAAUGACACUGCAACCCAUUCAUUGUCUGAAAGUGAUGUUUGGGAGGUUCAGUAUGACUGCUAUACUAAAUCUUUAAGCAGUAAUAGCUCGUCCUCACGCAUCUUACCUGCGAUGAUCUGCUCAGAAGAUGGAAUCCUUGCUGUCAUUGAACAAGGUGAGGAACCUAUUGAGCUUUUGGCUGAACCAUGUGCAAUCAAUAGCUUUGACAUUGAUUGUCAAAACCCUUCGGAUGUGAUAUGUAGUUUGGAGUGGGAAUCGAUUGCCAUAAUAUCAAGACCUUGAUUGGACUUGGAGAAAUCAAGCUCUAGUCGGGACUUGUUGAACUUAACAUUUCUGAGAGUAAUGGUGUAGAGCUUGGUGCAACCAUCUGGUGUUGAAGCACUGCAUCAUGCCUGUGGUAGGCAGAUAAAUAGAGUAAGGUUUUGUUUAUUCUCUUAUGAGGCAUGCUGGUGCACUUCUUAGUGUAUCACCAUAUUGUAAUCCCCAAGUCCAUCACAAAUGAUGCAAUUGUUGCUCAUGGAAAUUACUAGGUUGAGCUGUAUUUUAUCACUAAACAUCAGCAUUACCCCAUAGAAUUAGUACAAUAGAUAGCAGUACAUGAAAAGCACUUACUGAAUCAAUCAUGUAUCCAGUUGACAUAACCUUGAGUUGCUGACCAUUUCAUUGCGCCUGCUGAAGUUGGUUUGCUGUUUAUAUUGAUACUACCAGAUGCAAUCGGAUUUUUGCAGCAUCUGUUUCUGUCAACAAAAAGUUACUGCAUUUGCUCAUGAGAUCACUCAAAGCCUUGUCAAGUUUUUACAUUUAAGUGGUUUACAUAUAGCAAGAAAUUCUUUUACCAACGCUGAUUCCAUGGGUUCUCUUCUCAAAUUAAGUUUUUAGGUUCUGAACUUGGCCUUAUUACAGAGUAUUGUUAUGUCAGAGGCGAUUCUGGCUUAAAACUCUCUUGUGAGAUUGCUACUAAUGCUUCUUAUGAUUGCACCACCUUUAAUAUUAAUAUUAACAAUUUGGAGGCUA